CUCCAGGGAUGAACCAGACCCUUAGAAUCUCCACUGGGCGCAUUUCUGGACCAGGAGAAAGGGCGUUUUUAGCAUCUGCUCUGGCGGCAGCCCCUGGAAGCCUCCUGAACGUGGGAGUGGCAGCUUGGGCUCUUCUGACGCCUUGUUGGAGCUGGGGCCCUGCCUCUCCUUCCCCUGAGGUCACACUUGUCUAUUCCUGCCUCCACUUGGGACUCCGCCUGCUUGUUUUGACUCAGUGACUUUUACUCAGUGGAACAUCUGUAGCUGUAUCACUAAGGCCUUUAUUCCUAACCCAGAAAAUUAGAUGCAUUGAAACAACGGUGAACAGCUAGGGAAGUGCGAUGCCCACCCACAGCAGAUUGUGCAAAUGGGUUAUGAGACACUAUGUGACGCUUCCUUGCAUAGCUCUGGCCAUCCCCAGCAUGGCAGUUGAGCUCUGAGGGACACACUUAGGGGAAGACGCGGUCACUGUUGCUCUUGUGCUGCCGACUGUUAAUGUUCCCCAGAGCUGUGCACGUGGUCUGGGCCAGGAGUAGUUGGGUAUCCCAGCUCCAGAGCCGAGAGCCCUGCUGCUUCCAUCUGCCGCCUGAAAGGGCUGGCUCCUCUCUGCAUGCCGCCCUACGAUCCUGGGCACUGCAGUUGACAGAGCAGAAUUCACAGUCCACCAUGCUGAUGGGGAUUGCAGUUGGAGCCCUCCUGGCCCUGGCCCUGGCCCUGCUUGGUGUCACUGUCUUUUUUGUGCACAGAAAGGUUAACCGAUCCCGACAAGUGCAGCCCGCUCCUCAGUACAGGUUCCGGAAGAGAGACAAAGUGAUGUUUUACGGCCGCAAGAUCAUGAGGAAGGUGACCACGCUGCCCCACACGCUAGUUGGGAACACAGCUGCAUCCCGGCAGCGCAUGCGGAAGAGGACCAAGGUGCUCUCCUUGGCCAAGAGGAUUCUGCGCUUCAAGAAAGAGUACCCCACCCUGCAGCCAAAGGAGCCCCCACCCUCCCUGUUGGAGGCCGACCUCACAGAGUUUGAUGUGAAGAACUCCCACCUGCCGUCAGAAGUUCUGUACAUGCUGAAAAACGUUCGGGUCCUGGGUCACUUUGAGAAGCCGCUGUUCCUGGAACUUUGCAAACACAUGGUCUUCGUGCAGCUGCUCGAAGGGGAGCACGUCUUCCGGCCAGGGGAGCCAGACACCAGCAUCUAUAUAGUGCAGGAUGGGCGGCUGGACGUCUGCAUCCAGGAUGCGGACGGCACCGAGGUGGCGGUCAAAGAGGUGCUAGCCGGGGACAGCGUCCACAGCCUCCUCAGCAUCCUGGAUGUCAUCACCGGCCACGCUGCAGCCUACAAGACGGUGUCUGCCCGUGCUGCUGUCCCGUCCACCGUCCUCCGGCUUCCGGCUGUGGCUUUCCAAGGGGUUUUUGAGAAAUACCCAGAAACCCUGGUGAGAGUGGUGCAGAUCAUCAUGGUGCGGCUACAGAGGGUCACCUUUAUGGCACUGCACAACUACCUGGGCCUGACCAUGGAGCUCUUCAACCCUGAGAGCCAGGCCAUCCCGCUCGUGUCCGUGGCCAGCGUGGCUGCUGGAAAGGCCAAGCGACAGGCAAGCUGCAGCCCCGAGGAGCGGCUGGAGAGGCCUGCAUGGCCCCAGGAGCCCUGCGGCCCAGCAGACCGUGGGGGCGGCUCCGCUACAGCCUCUGGGCUUCGGCUGAAGAGAAGCCACUCCUUUCCGCUGCCGUCUGUCCGCAAGAUCUCAGAUGAGCCUGGCAAGGCCCAGGCAGGUGGCCAGGCCCCUCCCACUCCACCAGGGAGCACAGCAGGCGCCACCUCAGAGCUGAGGACGGCGCGUGACCAAGCCAGGGCCCUCCUACAUGCAGACGAGCACCCCGGGAGCAGCGUGGCCAGCAAGUCCAAGAGGAGCGCGACUGUUGCUGAGACCCCUUCUGCCAUCUUCCACUACUUGGGGAGCAGCUCAGACGACGCAGACGCCAUCUUCAGAGCCGCCAAGCAGGACCUGCUCACACUGAUGAAGCUGGACGACCCUUCCCUGUUGGAUGGCCGGGUGACACUUUUCCACGUCCCGGGGGGCACAGUGGUGGCCAGGCAGGGAGACCAGGACGUGAGCAUCCUAUUCGUGGUCUCGGGGCUGCUGCACGUGCACCAGCGGAAGGUGGACAGCGAGGAGGAGACUUGCCUGUUUGUCACGCAUCCUGGGGAGAUGGUGGGCCAGCUGGCUGUGCUCACCGGUGAGCCCCUCAUCUUCACCAUCAAGGCCAACAGGGACUGCAGCUUCCUGUCCAUCUCCAAGGCGCACUUCUAUGAGAUCAUGCGGAAGCAGCCGUCCGUCGUGCUGGGUGUGGCGCACACUGUGGUGAAGCGGAUGUCCUCCUUCGUGCGGCAGGUUGACUUCGCUCUGGACUGGAUGGAGGUGGAGGCUGGGAGAGCAAUAUACAGGCAGGGGGACAAGUCAGACUGUACCUACAUCCUCCUCAGUGGACGGCUGCGCUCAGUGAUCCAGAAGGAUGAUGGCAAAAAGCGCCUGGCGGGGGAGUAUGGCCGUGGAGACCUCGUCGGUGUGGUGGAGAUGCUCACCCACCAGGCCAGGGCCACCACAGUGCACGCUGUUCGGGACUCAGAGCUGGCCAAGCUUCCAGCAGGAGCCCUGACGUCCAUCAAGCGCAGGCAUCCACAGGUUGUGACUCGGCUGAUCCACCUCCUGGGGGAGAGGAUCCUGGGCAGCCUCCAGCAGGGAUCUGCAGCAGGUCACCAGUUUGGGCUACAUACCGCAGCCAGCAAGUGGGACUCAGGGAACCCCGCCAGCAACCUCUCCACGGUAGCCGCCAUGCCUGUGUCGGAGGACGUGCCCCUCACUGCCUUUGCCCUGGAGCUCACGCACGCCCUCAGUGCCAUUGGCCCCACCCUGCUGCUGACAAGUGACAACAUAAAACAGCGCCUGGGUUCUGCUGCCCUGGACAGUGUCCAUGAGUACCGGCUGUCCAGCUGGCUGGGGCAGCAGGAGGACAUGCACCGCAUCGUGCUGUACCAGGCAGACAGCACCCUCACGCCCUGGACCCAGCGCUGCAUCCGGCAGGCUGACUGCAUCCUCAUCGUGGGCCUGGGUGAGCAGGAGCCCACGGUGGGCGAGCUGGAGCGGAUGCUGGAGAACUCAGCUGUGCGAGCCCAGAAGCAGCUGGUCCUGCUGCACCGGCAGGAGGGGCCGGCCCCCGCCCGCACCGUGGAGUGGCUCAACAUGCGCAGCUGGUGCUCUGGCCACCUGCACCUCCGCUGCCCCCGCCGCGUCUUCUCCAGGAGGAGCAUGCCCAGGCUGGUGGACAUGUACGAGCAGGUCUUCCAGAGGCCCCCCGACCGGCACUCGGACUUCUCCCGCCUGGCCCGGGUGCUGACUGGCAAUGCCGUCGCCUUGGUGCUUGGUGGGGGAGGGGCCAGGUGAGUGCCCGUCCCGUCCCCUGCAGCUGUGUGCACGUGUGUGUGGGCAUGUGAAGAGGCACCCCUCGGUGGGCCCCACACUCAGCCAGCCUUUCUCAGUGCCUCGGGUGCUGCUGAGUCCUGCCCCUGCAGUCUCCGCUCACAUCCCACGGCCCCAGGAAGCAGUAGAAGGAGAUUCCUGUGUUGUCUGAGUCUUUGCUGGAAGUUUCUGUCUGCCUGUUGACCAUUCGUGUCUCCUCUUCUGAAAACUCUGUUCUUGUCCUUUGCCAGUCCUUCCGCCGGGCUCCGGGUGAGUCUCUUCCCAUGUUAAUACGCACUUUGUGGAGGAACAGCCCGAUCGGCUCCAGACCUAGUGGGGCACCCUUUACUUCUUCAGGCUGGUGGGCUCCUUGCAGGACUUUGCACCCCACUAACUUCUGCCCUGAGCUGUCAUUCUAACACCUGCCCCUGUUCUCCUGAACUAAAGAGAAAUAUGCACUUGGAGCAGAAACAGAGCCCAGGGGCGUCAUGGGAAGGGUGUGCCAAGGCCUUCUGGGGACCCAGGUGGUACGUGGGCAGGCAGAGCAGCGCCUCCUACCACAUCUGUGCCAGACCCCACCCCU